CUGUAAUAAUUUCCUAACGGGAAAACAAAAAAUUUAAAAAUAAAAUCGUUUUUGACAGCACAAAAACAACUUGAAUUUUAAUACAAUUUGGUUAUCCACUUUUCAAUUAUCCAAAAACAUUGAAUAUAUACAAAAUUAUAUUCAUAACCCUUUUUCUGGGUGCCUCAAAAGGUUAGCAACUUGCGUCAAUUUUUUUGUUGAAAGUUGCAAACUUGUGUGGCUAAGGUUCACAGAAUUCUCUGCUCUUAAAAGGGGGUGAAUUUUUUUGUUGGGCUGCUGAGUUUAGUUGAGUUUUUACACAAAAUCGUUUAUCUGGGUUGUUGAAAAAAGUUUGCAACUUGCAUUCAAAUUUGUGGGUUUUUCUGGGAUUCUCUUAAAAAGGGUGAUUUUGUUUGCUGAAAAAGUUGGGUUAUUGUGGGAUUUCAAUGGCGGAUUUGGGGAAGGAAGAGAAGGUGGGAGGUGGGUUUGAUAAAGAGGAAGAAGAGAGAUUAAUUGAAGGUGUUGCAGUGUUGGAUUUUGAUGUUUUAUGUUCAACGGUUGCUAUGCAAAGCCAAGGCAAAUGGAGGUUAUUUGAAAAUGAAGAAGAAGGUGAAGAAAAUGGAGGAGUUGAGUAUGGUGGUGGGGUUUUGAGGAUGUGGGAAGGUGAAGUUCUUGAUUGUUUUGAUGAUCAUCGUAUUGCUAUUGAAACUAUCUGUUGUCCAUGCUACAGAUUUGGGAAGAACAUGAGACGAGCUGGUCUAGGCCCUUGUUUUCUUCAGGGAGCUGUCUCUUUCCUUCUAGUUAUCUUUGCUUUUCUCAGCUGUGUUGCCUUCAUAGUGACCAGGAGGCGCUGUUUCCUGUAUUUGACUAUUGCACUCACCAUGUCAGUGGGAACCUACUUGGGUUUUUUCCGCACACGGAUAAGAAAAAAGUUUAAUAUUAGAGGUAGCGACAAUUCAGUGGACGACUGUGUUUACCAUCUGGUUUGCCCGUGCUGCACCUUAUGUCAGGAGUCUAGAACAUUGGAGAUGAACAAUGUUCAAGGCGGCACUUGGCAUGGACGGGGCGACACAAUAUGCAUAGGAAGUUUUGGUGAAGGUGGCAAAGCGUUUGUUGAGCUUCAUCCCCCGCCUUCAGUUUUGGCAAAUUUUCGUGAUACCAAUGCAUCUCCAAGAGGUGAAGGUGAUCUCCAAAAUCAAUGUUGAGCUAGACGUUCUGGCACAAACCAUUCACGACGCCACAAAUUCCACGUACCGGAAAGGGCUAACUAAUUUGUGGAUUUUAUUACUUGUCAAAUAUUUAGAGAAUUCGAAAAUAGGCCCGGGCAACUUAAAAAAGAGGAGAAUUAUGGCCACCUAAGGAGGUCAUAUAUGUUGGCAAUGAGAGGAGUAGUUACUCAAACUUGUAAGAUGGCUAUUUUCUCUUAUCUUCUCCCAUGUAGAUUACUUACAUUAGCACAAGGGAUUUAACUUGGGAACACCUUCUGACUUGUGUUUGAAGUGUAAUAUGAACAAGAACAAGAUCAUGUUGAAGGUGCAUUGUCAUUGCCGAAGGAGAGACAAUGUGUGUGGAUUGAGGAACAUAUAUGUGUUUUGCAAACCUCAGAGCGGUCACAUAUUGCUUUUAUGUGUCCUCAGGUUAGCAGGCGACAAUCGCAGGUCGUGCUGGUGGUUACUAAGUAAAAUAUUGCCGCUGUGGUUCGACAUGGGAGAACAAACUGUGCUAUGAUUUCACUCUCUUUAUGGUGUUGUAAUGAUGAUAUGCCCCCUUUUUUCAUUAUUUACUAUCCAGCUUCAUAAUGCAUUGUUUCACAUAUGGUUUUGGUCA